GUCAUACCUGGGACUAGAGUCAGAACUGACAUGGCGUGUUUAAACUAACAGCAUUUCACAUGUGGGAGGCAGGUUUCUAUGCCUGUAUACCUCUUCACAUUCAUCUCUAGGGGCGUCUCUGCUCUCCAACAUUUCACAAAACUGCUCCACAUUGACGGACUCCUCUCCCCGGUUCAGCCGGUCCUCCAGCCACCGCACCAGGACACCCUCAUUUCCAGCGAGGACCGACUCCUGAAUAGCCACUCCUGAGUCACUAAUACGAGCCGCCGCCUCCCUAAGUUUCACUUGCUCUAGCAGCACCCCGGGGCUAGGUGGUCCACCCGUGGGCACUGGCAGGUUAUUCGAUCCCCUUCCGCUUCUCCCAGAACCGGAGCCUCCUCCGCCUCCAACGCCGACGCCAGUGGCCGCAGAGGCCGGACUGUCUUCCGCGAACCCUGGGCUCUCCGUUUCUAUGUCCUCCUCGUCACCGCUGCCACCCCCGCAGCCGCUCUCCGCGUUCCCCAUGUUUGUUUCACCGUCCAACGGCUCCCCCGAAAAUCUCUGCGGCCCACUGGGUAUCAAUUUUGAGAACCGGUCUGUGUACAGACCUCUCUCUAACCUACAGCUAGGGCUCCGCCGUUCACUACUACCGCAUUGACGUACUGUACGUCAGUUUGCCUGAAACGUCCCUUGCGUAAUGAUUAUGCGCAUGCGCUAUUCGAGAUUCCGCUCAACGAACAUUGAGGGGGAGUUCGGCUCUUUUUAAUGAAUUUGAUCAUUUGGCUCUGCUCAACAACACGAGCCGCAGGCCAAACGGUGUUUUAUUUAGAUAGUAGAGCAUUUUGAUAGUUAAAAACGGUCACAUUUAGCAGGGUUUUUACCUCUAGUAAGUUUACACAUCAUGUUAAGCUGCAUAAUCUAAUUCAGUUAUAUUGUUUUUGUCUCUUUAAUACUACUUCAAUGUCAGUUUGUCUGCUAAAACUUUUACAGACAUUAUCAACACUUGCAAUUUUAACAUGAAAUGAUUAUUAUCUCGUUAGCUUCCAGACAUUAGGUGGAAGAACCCUUAUCAGUCCUGCAUUAAAAUUGUAGCUAAAGUGUCAAGAAUAAUAAUCCUAGUCCUAGAUAAAAGGUAAAUAACACAAUUUAGAUAUAAUUUUAACAAAAAAAAUAUGAAUAUAAGUAUAUGAAAGAAAUUGCUCUGUGCAAGGUGGAGACUUGUCAGCAGAUAUUUUAAAUGACCAAUUUUAAAUGACCAAUCUGUGCCACCCACCCCCAACCAAAAAAAAAAAAAAAAAAAAAAAGACAUGGAAAAAUAAUCAAAAUGAACAUUUAAUUUCACGACACUAUCUGUCUUCGGAAUCUGGCUUCCCCUGUUCAAACAAGGGAGUCGGAUUUUGCAACUGAUCGUACGCGAUCAACACAUCACCAUCACGGAAGCACCUGCAUUGUUACCAUGGAUUUACUGUGGUUGUUUUGUGGUUUUCAAUGAGAAGAAAUUAAAUGUAAUGCAAAUUAAUGAUGUACCAACCCAUUUGACUGAACAGAAUGCUCAACUAUGUGUUUAUCGUGAUUUUAUCAGUAGCAGUGUUGUUUCUACCUUGGGAUUGGCUUUUCGAUUCGGUAAAUAAAUCAAAUCAUGGGGGUCCUGUGCGGCUCCUGAGCAAGCGUGAGUUAUCUCUGUACGACGGGGAGGAAGGCAGCAAGGGUCUUUAUCUUGCUGUACUGGGACGCGUUUUUGAUGUGCAUACAGGACACAAGCACUAUGGACCUGGUGGGGCUUAUCACUGCAUGGCAGGUGAUUCCUGUCCUCCUCUACAGAGUCUAUUUUGUGUUAAUGUUUAGCUACACUUGAGCUUUCAGUAUUAAACCACUCAGAGAUAUGCUGAUGUUCAAUCAUUGUCUUCUACUGCUUAGCCCAAAAAGCCUCCACACACCUUAAAAGCCCAUUCCGGUCUAUUUAUAGCCCAUUAACAGCUUAAGUAGAUUACUGCUCUGUGCCUUAUAAACUGUUUGUGUUUGUGUCCUCAGGUAAAGAUGCCUCACUGGCCUACAUUACUGGGGACUUCACAGACAGUGGUCUGACAGAUGAUGUGUCCAGUUUGUCCCCACCGCAGAUGAUGGCCCUGUAUGACUGGUUGGCUUUCUACCAGAGGGAAUAUCAAGCCAUAGGUAUGUGUUUUUACCCUUAAAUAUUUUACUGUAAUUCUAACUACUGUGCUUUUAAAUGUUAGACAAAAUCUGCCAGAAGUUGCCUUUAAAAAACUUAGUUAAUAGGCUUUGUCUAUACACAACUGGCAUAAAUAACAUUAGAGAAAGCAAGAGAGAGAUACACGCAAUCACACAUAUGCACACAGAGAGACAUAAUCAUAAAUACAUAAACAAAGAAACAUACAAACAAAUAAAUGAAUAAUAGUAGAAACAAUUUAUUGAAAGGUAAACUUCCAUAAUUCUUGCACUAAGUUCGAUGAUUUUUGCCUAUAUCUCGUGAAAUCUAGGACCUCGAUUCCCAAAUCUUCCCAUCUGAAUAGAGGAUUUUGGACCACUGAACAGAAGCUUGAUAAAUCCAUCUAUUCAUGUCGAUAAUUAAAAACGUUUUUCUUGAUCUAUUGAGCCACAAGUUGUGGAAUAUUUUGAAUAAGAACAUAGUAUGUCCUCCUUUCCUGUGACUUCUGCCUCUUCUUUGUAAUACUGUAGGUCUGGUGAUUGGACGAUUCUACAGUGAGACCGGGCAGCCCACAGAGGCCUUGGUGCAGACAGAACAAUCUCUAGCAGACGGCCAGAAAAUGAAGGCCCAGGCUGAGGCUGAGAAAGUUCGAUUUCCACGCUGUAACUCAGAGUGGAGCUCUGCCAGUGGAGGGAGAGUCUGGUGUUCCACUAAGAGGUAUGGAAAUUGAUCUGAUCUAAUUAAAUAUUAACAUUACAGUGUAUGCUUUCCUGAGAUGUAGGAGGGUUACACAAACAGACUUAUGUUUUGAUAAAAAUUUACUUGAACUAAUUGAAUUUUUCUCUCUAGCGGUGGAGUGGAAAGAAGCUGGACUGGUGUUCCACGGAAACUUUUCUCUGCAGGCUCCACUGGUGUUCAGUGUGUGUGUGUUGAAGACCCCUCUGCAGCAGAGGGCGAUCCGAACCUGAAGAGAUAUGAAGGCUGUCCUUCUCAUGCCGAGUCAUGCUCUGUUACAGACCAGUAGGCUCUGCGUCCAGCUCAGAAAGAGAUCUAUGAAAAGACUGAUUUUUUAGAAAUACAAAUCUCAGGGAAGACCAGUGAACAACUUGUGCACAAUACAAAUAAAGAAAAGUUCAGUAA